AUAAAAACUUAUCAACAAAAUUACAAAUGCUAGAAAGUUACUGUUUCUGUGUUUUCUAGAAAUUCUCUAAUGUAAUAAAUUAAUGGUUUGGUUGCUACAUUCUUACAGUAGGCCAUUCUUUAUUAAGGAGAUGUCAACAUGCUCGUGGCCAUAACCUCACUUUCCGCACGUUUUGUUUUGAAUAUUAUGGUUUUGUGAUUUGAUUUCCCAAACUUGUAUUUUAGAAAAAUCUAUCGGAAAAUAGUCAAUUAUGGGGAAAAAGUCGAAAAUUGGAAAACAGAGAAAGGAUAAGUUUUAUCACUUAGCCAAGGAAACAGGUUUUAGAUCCCGUGCUGCCUUCAAAUUAAUUCAGCUAAACAGGAAGUUUGAGUUCUUACAAAAGUCAAGAGUAUGUCUGGAUCUGUGUGCAGCUCCUGGAGGAUGGAUGCAGGUGGCAAAGCAAAACAUGCCUGUCUCCAGUAUUAUUAUUGGUGUGGACUUAUUUCCCAUCAAACCCAUUCCUGGUACUAUUUCAUUAACUGAGGAUAUUACUACUGACAAAUGUAGGGUUGCGAUAAGUAAGGAAAUUAAAACUUGGAAAGUUGAUGUGGUUCUUCACGAUGGUGCCCCCAAUGUUGGUAAAAACUGGCUGCAUGAUGCCUAUUCCCAAGCAUGUUUAACUCUUAGUUCCUUGAAACUAGCCACCCAAUUUUUACGUAAAGGUGGUUGGUUUGUCACAAAAGUCUUCAGAUCCAAAGACUACAAUGCUUUAGUUUGGGUGCUAAAGCAGCUGUUCAAGAAAGUUCAUGCUACCAAACCGCAGGCAUCCAGAAAUGAGUCGGCUGAAAUCUUCGUCGUUUGUCAAAAUUACAUUUGCCCUGAUAAAAUUGAUCCUAAAUUCAUGGAUCCAAAAUAUGUCUUUGAAGAGCUGGAAAUUGACCCAAAGAAUAAACUGAACAUAUUCCAUCCCGAAAAGAAGAAGAAGGAGAAGGCUGAGGGAUAUCCAGAAAACGACUACACUUUAUUUCACACCCUCAAAGCUACAGACUUUAUUAAGCAUGAAAAUGGCGUGGAUAUUUUGCAACACGCCUCAGAAAUAGUCAUUGACGAUCCAGAUAUUUUAAAACAUGAGAAAACUACCAAGGAAAUACAAGAAUGUUUUAAGGAUAUUAAAGUUUUGGGCAGGAAGGACCUCAGAAAUAUUAUGAACUGGUGGAAGGUGCUCCAUGAAGAAUGGGAAAAAGAACAUAAAACAGAAGGAGAAAAAGGAACUGAAGAUGUAGAGGAAGAUAAAUCAGAAGCUAAAGAAAGUGAUGAGGAAGAUGACUUAAAAGGUGUUGAUCAACAAAUUAUUGAUUUGCAAGAUGAAGAACAAAAAGACCUUAAGAGGAAGAAGAAAAAGGUGCAAAAGGAAAGAAGAAAGCUUAAUGAGAAACUUAAUUUAAAGAUGGUUCUUAAAGGUGAUGAUGGUCCUAAAAUGGAACAAGAUGAUAUGUUUUCUUUGAAGCAAGUCAAAGAUAUUAAUAAAAUGAAAAAAGUGUUGGAACAAGCACCCGAUAUAUUGGCAGACUCUGAUGAUGAAUUAAGUAUACCACAGCAGAAAUAUCUUCGGUAUGACAAAGAUGAGCAACAUUUGGACAGUUCAGGCUUAUACUACAAAGACUCAGAUUCUGAGCUAGAAAUGCAAUCUGAUAGUGACCAAGAUGACAAUGUAAAAGAAACGCUUGGUUUUGAUUCAGAUGACUCAAAUAAGGAAUCCAGCAAGAAAAAAACAAAGAAGCAGACCAAAAAGUCCAAAAAAACCGAAGAUAAAGAAGACAAAGAGCAUCCUCUUAUAACUGAUCUAGAUUAUAGAGAUAAGGAACAAAAAAAAGCCCACAAGGCAGAACUGUGGUUCCAGAGAGAUAUUUUUAAAAAUUUGAUUGACGAAAAAGAUGAGGAUGCCGACUUAGACAAAAUGGUGGAGGAAUAUAAGAAAAAAGGGGCAAAAGUAAUUGGCGAAGAAAGUGAAGAGAUGUCACAAAAAUCCAAAUCCAGAAAGGCGGAGAAGUCCAAGCCAACUAAAAAAAUUGAGACAGAUAGUGACUAUAGUUCAGAGGAGAAUAGUGAUUCCGAUAGCGAUAGUAGCGAUUCGGAUUACGACAUGGAAAAAGCCAUGCCAGUUCCUGUAAAUAAUGCCAAGAAGGAUGGAUUUGAGGUCGUCAAGAAUGUGACAGGUGUAGGUGGUGCAUCGAGGAAAGGAAAAAAACACAAACUAACCGAAGAAGAAUUAGCUUUGGGCACUAUGAUGAUAAAUAGCAAAAAAGCAAAAAGGGAUUUAAUAGAUGCUGCUUGGAAUAGAUACGCUUUUAAUGAUGAUAACUUGCCUGAUUGGUUUGUUCAGGACGAACAGAAGCAUAUGAAAAAAGAAGCGCCGGUACCUAAGGAAUUAGUAGACGAAUACAAGAAAAAACUUGAAGAAAUCAACGUGAGACCAAUCAAAAAGAUCGUUGAAGCCAAAGCUAGGAAGAAGAGGAGGGCAAUGAGAAAACUAGAAAAAGCAAAGAAGAAGGCAGAGGCCGUAAUUGAAAAUGCCGAAAUGUCCGAGAGAGAAAAAGCUCAACAAAUCAGAACGUUGUACAAAAAAGCAACAAAAGAACCGAAAAAAGAAGUUACCUAUGUGGUGGCAAAGAAACACUCCGCAGCUAAACGAAUGAGGCGCCCUCCAGGGGUACAAGGUCGAUACAAAGUUGUUGAUCCAAGACUGAAGAAGGACAUGAGGGCACAAAAGAGAAAGCUGAAAACAGUGGGUAGGGGUAAAAAGGGCGGCAAAGGCAAAAGUGGAGGUGGCAAGGGAAAAGCUAAGGCGAAGUAAUUUGUUUUUUAUAGUUUUAGGUGAUAUUUUUAUGUAAAAUAUAUUUAAUAAAACUGAUUUGUUUAUU